AGGGGCGGGAGGGCGCAUGCGUCAGUGGGGCUCGGACUGGAUACACUGGCGAUUGGAUACAUUGUCGCCGCGACACAGACACAGAGAGAAGUCCUGCAGAGAAAUGGCAGCAAAGAAGAUCCUGGUGACGGGAGGCGCUGGUUACAUCGGGAGCCACUGUGUGAUUGAGCUGGUGGAAGCAGGAUAUAUUCCUGUUGUGAUCGACAACUUUCACAACGCAAUUAAGGGGGCUGACGGAGUGCCCGAAAGUAUUCGCCGUGUGCAGGAAAUCACGGGGACCGACAUCGCCUUCCAUCAAAUCGAUCUGCUGGAUGAAUGCGCUCUGCAGACCCUCUUCAAAGAGCACAGUUUCUCGGCUGUGAUCCAUUUUGCGGGAUUGAAGGCUGUUGGAGAGUCAGUGCAGCAGCCUCUACUCUACUACAAAGUGAACCUGAGCGGCACCAUUAAACUGUUAGAGACCAUGAAGGCACAUGAUGUCAAAGACAUUGUGUUCAGCAGUUCCGCCACCGUAUAUGGCGACCCCAAAUACCUGCCGAUAGACGAGGCCCAUCCUGCAGGUUGCUGCACUAAUCCCUACGGGAAAACAAAGUACUUCAUCGAAGAAAUAAUCAAAGAUCUGUGUAGUGCAGAGAAGGGUUGGAAUGCUGUCCUCUUACGAUACUUCAAUCCCAUCGGAGCCCACAAAUCAGGGAAAAUCGGCGAAGAUCCCCAGGGCAUUCCUAACAAUUUGCUGCCAUACAUCGCGCAGGUUGCUAUUGGACGCCAGCAGAGCCUAAAUGUAUUUGGGAAUGAUUACCAGACAUGUGACGGGACAGGUGUCCGGGAUUACAUUCAUGUGGUCGAUCUUGCAAAGGGACACAUUGCUGCGUUGAAGAAACUUAAAGAGAGAUGCAGCUGCAAGGUAUAUAAUCUGGGCACUGGGACGGGCUAUUCUGUGCUGCAGAUGGUGAAAGCGAUGGAGAAAGCUUCAGGAAGAGAGAUUAAAUACCAGAUUGCUCCCAGGAGAGAAGGAGAUAUUGCUUCCUGUUACGCUAACCCAGCUCAUGCAGAGGUGGAGCUUGGCUGGAAGGCACAGUAUGGACUUGAUAAGAUGUGUGAAGAUUUAUGGUGUUGGCAAUCACAAAAUCCUCAAGGCUUCAGCAAGACUGCGGCAUCCUAAUACCUCAUCUGUGAACUGUUCUUUUUUUAAAAAAAACUUUUGAACAUUAAUAUUCAUUUAUUAAAUUGUAAUAAGAGCAGGGAUAGGGAGCGUUCAGGGAAUCGUAAUAGAUUUGGGAGCAGGAAGUACUUUUUAGAAUGUAAAAGAAAAAGUUCCUCUUGAAGCGUGUUGGGACCAAAUUCAAAUCUGAUUGAGGAGCAAUGGGAAAACAGCAUCAGUCCAAUAUUUACUGGAUCCAGUCUGUUCAUCUGAAAACAGUCCAGUUGGGAAAAGGUUUAAUCGUGAUUAAAACAGUUUAGUCGGUUUCAAGAAAGUGAUUACAAUCAGUUUGCAUUUUCAGGAUACAAUAACUUUGUUUGCAGCUCAGUUUAACUAGUUAUUGCGAGGUUACCUGGGCUGUCAGACCACAUCAUCUGAUAUCCAGAUUGGGGGGUGGUUUCUGAUUAUUCAAUGAUGUUUUUAUAUUUCACUAUAAGGUUUGAUCAGUCACUUUUACACAAAUACGGUGUGGGGUUGUGGUAGUUUGAACUUUUUUUAAAAAAAGGAAAAAUGUCAUUCAUUUGAAAUAAAUACAACUAAGUGUAUCUGCACAAUGUCUUUAUUUGCUUCUAGUCUUGACAAAGGAAAGGAAGAUAGAGCAGUUACCCCCGGAAAAUGAGUUAAUUUAAAAAAAUCUUCCCUCCACCCAAAUAACAACUGCUUCGUUCUGCAUUUUCUCACAGGUACCUUCUGGUCAUUACUGGGGGAAUGGCUUGGGGUUGAGGGAGGAAGCAAAAGUGGUCAAGUGUGAGAUUAAAGCUAAAACAAACCAGGAACCGUUUCAUUUAAUGCACUAAAUAAAUCAUUCUCCAACUUGAAAUUAAAAUGGAAGUUACAUUUUUUUAAAAGGAUUGUCAUGAGACCAUUGACUAAAUUAGAAAUAUGCUGAAAUGUUACAAUUGUACAGACUAAACUAUUUCAGUGAUUGCUUUGUUCCUACUCUUUGUCCCUGUAACUGGAGGAAGCUGAAAAAAUCUGGUGUGGAAUUCCACUGAGCUGUUGCAUAAGCCUAUUUCUCACUAGGAUCAGCAUUUAAACAAGUUUUCACACCCAUUCUAUUGAAAUAUUUCAAGUAUCUUUUACCAUAAUAGCUAUUGUGAGCAAAGCCACAUUGUACAGGGAACAAAAUCUCCUUUUAGGAGCUAACAAGUCAGGAGAUGGUUAAAAAUAGAAAACAUGGAAUAAAUAAAUUAGAUUAAAGGUAAGAAAAUCACACCAGGGAUAUGUAACUCCAGGCACAGCUUAGGACCAACACCUAAAAUCCAUGCCUUUAUCGGUAUUGAAGCGAUCCUCUGUCAGAAUUCAAUAGAUGCCACGUUUAUUCAGUCUCGCAUUAAAUAGAAAAUCAUGAGAAAAUUAAAACGCUGAAUUAAAACAAAUCAAAUUCAGCUGCAGGAGAUUAAACGGAACAGAAUAUCGUCAGACGGACAUCAUUUUACUUUUUUUUCCAAAGGGCUUGCUAUGCAGGAACACAAAAUGGAUUCUCUAAAUAGGAGUCUCCCUCAGACAGUUUAGGAAAUCAGCUGUAACGUAAUUGCCCUGCAUCGCAGCCAGACACUGAAUGAAUGUAGUUAAACCCAAAAACAUUCCACUCAAAUACACCGGCUUAUUAUUUCCACCACAUAUAUCACUGCGCAAAAAUAAAUAUCAAGAAGUAAUCAGAAAGCAGAUUUAACUACUGCCCCAGCUGUCCACCCAUCAUCAUUAUUUACCAUUAAGUACACACAGCAUCUCUAUUCUUGUAUCUGAAAUGCAGAUCCUUCAACACACAGCUGACAUUGUAUAUCAAAAAAAAUGUGAGAAAGCCAAACCCAACCAGGUUUUGCCUUGAUCUGAUGCGAGAUUAACUUGAAUAUGUAU